AUGGGUGUAAGGGGUCUAUGGGAAGUGGCAAAACCCGUGGCUAGGCCAGUGACUCUAGAGUCACUGGCUAGGAAGCGAUUGGCUGUGGAUGCGUCUAUUUGGAUCUACCAGUUUCUCAAGGCCGUAAGGGAUAGCGAGGGCAACUCGUUGAGAAAUGCACAUAUUAUAGGUUUCUUUCGAAGAAUUUGUAAAUUACUUUAUUUUGAUAUUAAGCCGGUAUUUGUUUUUGAUGGCGAUGCCCCUACGUUAAAGAAGUCUACUAUUAAUAGAAGAAGAGAACGGAAACAAGGUAGGAGAGCAGCAGCAGCACAGACGGCAGCAAAGCUGUUGACAGUUCAACUACAAAGAUUAGCAGCUCAAGCUGAGAAAGAAUCGAAAGGUAAAGGUAAAUCUAAAGACAAUCAAAGUAACAGUGGACCCAAAACUCUGGUUGACCGUGAGUCAUAUGGAACAGGUGACGAUAUUCCUGAAAAUGCAGUCUACUUUGAUGAAAGAAACAUUAAGAAGGAGGAACCCAAGAAACCGUUUCGGGCACAGGACCAAUAUCAUUUGCCAGAAAUUGGUUCUAAUCCUUUGGUUGAGGCGAAUGAUCCGCGUCUUAUGACUGAAGAAGAACUAGCGGAGUAUGCAGAUGAGUUUGGAUCCCAAAUAAAUUCAGGUUUGUAUGACAACUCGCUCAUUGACUUCAAUUCUGAGGAGUUUCAAUUGCUACCUAAAACCACUCAAUAUCAACUGCUUAACACAGCUAGAUUGAGGUCCCGACUCCGUAUGGGAUACUCUGCAGACCAACUUGACCAGAUGUUUCCAGAUCGUAUGAAGUUUUCGAAGUUCCAAAUCCAGCGUGUUACUCAGAGAAACUUUCUUACUCAGAGUUUAAUGGGUAUGGCUGGAUUAGAAGAAGAUCUUUCCAAGAGAGUGGCGGGUGAUAAAAAUAGAGAAUAUAUCUUGAAAAAGAAUGAAAGUGGAUGGAGUUUAGGUUUGGAGCCCACAAAUAAAGAUGGUGUUAUUGAAUUAGACCACACUGGACAGCAAGUCAGGACAGAGGCCGUAGAUAGCGAUGAUGACAGUGAUGAUGCUGAAUUCGAAGAUGUUGUUCUGGAGGGGGAAACCAAGCCGCUGGGUUCCCCACAACCAAUCGAUGUAUCAAGAGAUAUUCAGAACGAAGAUGAGUCUUUUUUGCCAGAGUCUCUGAAUGAUUUUGAAGCGCUCGUACAGAGGCAAAGAUUCUAUGAUGAGCGGAGUAGCGCUUAUUCGAAACAAGGGCCGUCAGAGGUAGAUUCUUUGCCGACCAAAACAGCUAAAACACUUGACGAAAACUCUGACUUAGUCAAAGCCAUUAGAAGUAGCACACUCUUUGCCGACGUUGAAUUGACAGAAACGCAAACAGACAGCAAACCUGUGAUCCUUCCGCCGUGGUUUAUAAACGAACAUAAUGAGCAUGAUACUGAAAAAUCGCAAUCUAGACCAGAUACACGAGAAGGAAUUUCAGCAUUUGGCACAGUCGACGAAGAUCUGGAUAACUCGGGGUUGACCUCCUAUGAGUAUGGUAGAAAAAUACUCGACAUGCGUCACAAGCAGGAAAUUAGUGCGACGGAUAGAACAAAGGAUACUGAUUUAGGAGAAGAAUCAAGUGCUAUAAAGAGCAAUGAUAGAGCAGUAAUAGAAAUCUCGGAUGAUGAAACUAUUGAGGCACAAGACAGAGAUAUUAUUGUUUUAUCAGAUGAGGACAAUUUGCACACAACCCGAGAUGAAAAACCUGUUCCUUCUGAUAGAAAUGUAGAUAUCAGCACAGAAAGUUUAUCAGACGGUCAUCAAACGGGGGACAUAGUUGACGUUAGUUCGCUAUCGGAAACUGAACAAGGAGAUUUGGGAGAAGAUUCGGAAAAUAGCUCUGAAAAGGAACCCGAAAAAGCCUCUACUGUUUUGCCCACUGAAAAGUCGGUAGAUAAUGAGAGUUCAAUUGGUUCUCCUAUACAUCAUGUGGAUGAAGAAAAAGUACCAUUAAACACCGAACAGUUUCGCACUGCAAAUUUGGAAGCAGAUCGAAAUAACAUCGAACUUGACUCGACGGAUCUUGAACGAGCAGAUGAAGAUGCAAAGUUUGAGGAGCAAGAAGACGAUGAAUUGACAGAAAAUCUGUUACAAGAACUGGAAGAAAGUGAAAGAUUCACAAAACAGCUCAAUAAUGGCCUAAUGAAUAAUCAGUCCAAAGAGGAUUAUGAAAGAGAAGUAGAGCAACUUCGUCAACAGCACUUGAAAGAAGUAAGAGAUGCAGAUGAAGUAACUCAAAAUAUGGUUAGUGAAUGCCAAGAAUUAUUGAGACGGUUUGGAAUUCCCUACAUCACCGCUCCAAUGGAGGCUGAAGCUCAGUGUGCUAAACUCAUGCAGCUUGGAUUGGUAGAUGGUAUUGUGACUGAUGAUAGUGAUUGUUUUCUAUUCGGAGGUGAUCGUGUUUACAAAAAUAUGUUUAGUCAGUCUAAAUAUGUUGAAAGCUACAACGCGAUAGACCUUGAGCGGGAAUUCGAUCUUGAUCGUAGCAAACUCAUCAAAUUGGCGUUGCUGCUGGGUAGCGACUAUACAGAUGGUCUACCGGGCGUUGGUCCUGUAACUGCCUUGGAACUUUUAGCAGAGUUCAACAGUGAUGACGGUCUAGUCCAAUUUCGCGAUUGGUGGAAGAAAGUCCAGGCACUGGAUCCUGCCGCUGACUUUUCUUCAGAUUUCAAGCGAAAGUUUAAGAGAAAUGCAGCAAAACUGUUCUUGAGUGACAACUUUCCAGAUCAGAAUGUAAUCAACGCGUACUUGGUACCGAUUGUCGAUGAGGACAAAAGUCCCUUUGAAUGGGGUGUACCAGAUCUCGAUGCUCUUAGAACAUAUCUUAGCGGGAUGACUGGGUGGACAAAAGACCGGAUAGAUGAGCUUUUAAUACCAGUGAUCCAGGAUAUCAACAAAAGAAGAGCUAGGCUAGAGAAGUCAUCACAGACCCUCGUUCAGAGUUCUUUGAGCGAGUUCGCAGGAGUAUCAGCAAGAAAAAAGGUCGAAAUUGGUGGUAGCAAGAGAGUUCGAAAGGCUAUGCAAAGCUUGAUAGACCAGGCUGAGCGUAGGAAAAAACGGAAAGAUAUUUAG